AUGGAAAUCAUCAACUGUGAAUCUCCAUUCCUUGAUACAAAGAAUAGUGUUGCCGGCGUCAUCUACAGGAAGCCAAACAUGCCUGUUAAUGAAUUCUUAGAUAGUGCCUCAGCAUUGUCAUGGACUGAAGACCCUAUAAAUACAGUAGCAGUACACAAUACAGCUGUUACACUGAGAUGUGCAUUUGAUGGUUCUCAGCAUAAUUCAUAUCCACAGUGGCAGCAAAUACGUGAUCCACCAUUAUCAACGAGGAUCGUAUCGCGUGGUGCUAAUAUUAACACUGAAGAAUGUAGUACUUGCAGUCUAAGUGGUGACCAUGGUAAUGGUGAAUUCUAUCUGACAAUAAAUCCUGUGAAUGUGAACACAGAUGAAGGGUUGUGGGAAUGUGCAGCAUUCGGUGCGACUCCUAGUACCAAGUCAGCUACAUUGACUGUAUUAGAUCAAGACCCAGUCUGUCCUAACAACAAUGGCAACAAUAAAGUAAUUAAUGGGACUACAGUUACAUUAACUUGCAAUUUGAACAAAGCAGCGCCCCCCGGUGAACUAGUAUGGAUGAUAAAUGGUGUUGACACCAAUGUGAAGGGUAAUAGACCACUGCAAUGGAAUAAACUGGUAACAAGAUCUAAUGCAAAUAACAGAUAUAAUUGUAGAUACAGCCAUGGUACACUGACGCAGUCACGAACAUGUGACAAUGAUUUUGUAUUUGAUGUGCAAUAUGCUCCUGAAGUAACUAUUCCUUCAUUAAAGCAUGUGACAGAAGGUGAAACAUUAUCCAUAGACUGUACAGUAGAUUCGAAUCCACCCACUUCUAGUAUAACAUGGUGGAAAGGUAAUACAGAGAUAUCUUCUAGUUAUCAACUGAGAAUAUCCAACAUAGAUAAAGAUGAGAGUGGUAGAUAUGUCUGCAAGGCUAAAAACCAAUUAUUUACUGGUACACAAACUGAGACAGGAACAACUACAGUGGAAGUACAAU